CGAUUGUCAACAAACGGCGACAGCGACACGCAAAGAUGAAGUACGCAGCCCUGCUGCUGUUCCUGGCAGCGCUUGAGCUGGUGGUGGUGGUGUGCGGUGGUGCAGGGGCACUGCAUGCUGCUGUGCCUGCCCUGAAUGGUGUUGGAGUGCCGACGUGCGAGAAGAACACAACGGUGGAUCCUUCAAGCAUCACCCGAAUCGGCGCAGACUUCCAGUGGCUGGCGCUUUCGGAUUCCGCCACGCUACAGGACUGCAUUCGGGCGUGCUGCAACAACAACUUGUGCCAGGCGUUCAGUUACAACACAAAGGUCAAGUAUUGCACGCGCGCGCCUGGUGGCCCAAACAAGUGCUGCGCAUUGAAAAGCAGCAUUCCAAAGGCGCAGAAGAGCUCUUUCCCACCUGGCGAGGUCACUACGGGCUAUCGCUAUGAGCCACCCGCAACCAUCCCCAGGCCAUCCAAGCGGCAGCAGGAGUACAUGGACAUGGGGCUGACCCAGUUUAUGCACUUCUCCGUCACCACCUUUGGCAACAUUGAACACGACUGCGUCGACGGCUCCUGCUUGCCCCCGUCCUUGUUCAACCCAACACACAUGGGCCCGGACGCCCACGGCAUCACCGCAACAGACCAAUGGGUGCAAGCCGCAAAGGCGAUGGGAGCAGGGGAAAUCUGCCUCACGGCACACCAUGAAGGCGGGUUUUGCCUUUGGCCCAGCAAGUUUUCCAACUACACUGUGAUGCAGAGCCCACACAAACACGACAUUGUGGAGGCGUUUGUCAAAUCAUGCCGCAAGUACGACGUGCGUCCUUGCUUCUACAUCGGUCCCAACGCAAACGGAUACUUUACACAGGUGUUGAACUACACGACGGAGCAGUUUGUGACAGCGCAGCUGGGCAUGAUCCGCGAGGUGCUCACCAAGUACGGGUUCAUCUCGCGUCUGUGGUGGGAUCACUACCUCGACGCCUGCGGCGGGCUGUCCGAGUGCCCUGCGUGUCGCAACCAGAGCGACCCGACCUGCUUCCCUGCUGCGUGGCACACGUUCGCCUCACUCGUGCGCGAGCUCUCCCCCAACACGCUCAUUGGCACGGGCCCCGAUGUCAGCCACAGCGGCGGCGGUGAGACGGGCGUGGGCGACUAUCCAGUCUGGAAUGCCGCAAACGCAACGCACUCUGGGUUUGGGCCAUUUGGGCGGCUCUUCCUGCCACGCGAGGCCGACGCCACCAUCCAAAACCCUGGCGAUGCGUGGUUCUGGAAGAAAGAUCACGCGUACUGGAACGCGACCACGCUGUGGAACCACUACCUGCUCACUGUCGGCCGCGGCGAAAACUUCAUCCUCAACCUGCCACCAGACACAACAGGCCGUAUUCCUGAUGAGUAUGUGCGCGUCGUGUCUGCGUUUGGCGACGCUGUCCGCGCCACCUUCUCAUCUCCGCUCGGAAGCAUCGAGAAUGUCACCGUCACCUGCGACUAUCCAAUCGUCGUCCACAUGAAUGAGUCUGCGGCGACUGUGGAUAUGGUUGAGACGCGGGAGGACCUGAUGUCGGGGCAGACCAUUGCCAAGUAUGCCAUCGACGCCCUGGUCAACAACCAGUGGGUGGCGCAGACGGUGCACGGAGAGACGGUGGGCAACCGCAUUGUGGAUGCGUUUGCGCAGCCCGUGGUCACCUCCACCCUUCGCUUCCGCUGCCUGGACGCUGUGCGGGAAACCAUUCACAUCCGCUCCAUCAAGGCGUUCAAGUCGGCCCCGCCUGCUGCGUAGCGCGCAAACAAUGCCCCAUUGUUGCUGCAAUUACUGCUGUAAUGGGCACGCGCGCACAGAGCAGGCACCAAUGAACACGACUGCUUCCACUUUCGGUCCAUGUCGCGUCACAUCACGUUACAUUACAUUACAACAUCAUUGC